AUGGAAGGGGCCGGUAGCUGGGACGCUCUCGAAUGGACCAAGAUCGAGGUCCGUGUGCUCAUCGCCCCCGUACUCCCGCAAUUGCUCCCGUAACUUCAUCUUCUUUUGAAUUCAACGAUGCCGAACACUCUCUAUCUGUCUAACCAUGAUUUCGUAGGUUUGCUUAUUGAAUGUCUCUGUUGCAGCCUGUGUCCCGCUCAAUCUCCCACGGCAUGGAAGACUUCCUGUUGGAAGCCGAAGAGGUCAUCGCCCAGGUGCCUUCUUGUUACUUUUGCAUGAUUCGUAAAUUACUUUUUGCCUGAUUCUUCUCCAUUUCUAUUCUCCCCAUCUUGAUUUGUGCCCAUUUGGAGAACGGGUAGAUGACUUGGACAGGCGAUUUCCUUCAACGAAUUUAUCAUGUUGACACUUGCACACAUGUUGAAGAGGAAGUUAAACAUUUGAUUGAAAGUUCUCAUUUUAUUUAUUUUCUUCGCAUCGCGAUUGAAAGUUAAACAGGUCUUUCUUCUGAUUUUAUUUCUCCUCUUUUGUUUAUUUUCAUUGUGAGAUUCCCAUCAAUUUGGAAUCGGAGAAUCCUCUCGUUGCACGUUCUAUCCUAUUCAUUGUCUAGGAUGAAGCAAUGACUAGCAUCGUCAAAAAUACGAGCCAACCACGUUCCAACGAUGGCAAACCCUGUUUUUUUCCCUGUUCGCGAAACAUCAGUUAGACCUUUUUGCAUUUUAUGUCGUAGACCAUUCAAAUGAAUCCACACCCAUUAUCUCUGAAAUCACAGAAAUAAUGCAAUCAUUACUCCCUUUGGGGACACUGAAGUCAACGCCAGCAUGGCUGAUGCUUCCAUUGCUAAGUGCAUUUUGGCCCACUUUUUACCAUAUUAUCGCCUCUUUGUGUGCAGCAAGCGUCCGGAUAUCUAUAUUGAUCAUUCCUGCAAUUGGUGGUAUUGAAAGCAAACGAACUAUAGAUAUCAAUGCCAUUGAAACCAUAAUUACCAGUGACCGCUGUUUCUAGUUUACUUUGAAUUCCUACUUCAUUGCUUACUGUUGUGGAGAUGAGUUGUGUUCUGAGAACCAUGGAAAGCUGGGGGGUGAGGGUACUUAAGUCAAUUUUCUUUUAGCCUCUAUGUUAUCUUUUUGAGAGCUUGCACUUAUCACAGCAUUAUGAGGAUCGGUAUCUGAUUUCAUCAUCUUCUGGGAUAGGUUGUACUUUCUUCCCUUUUGCAGGAUUAUUUUUGUACCUCAAAUGAAAGAAACUAUAAUGACCUAGAAUUGAAAAUAUGCAUUUUCUAAAGAAACUCAUUUUUCCAUUUAAAAUGCUUAACUUCAAUUUUGGUUGAAUGUGUAACACAACUUUAAAUGACCUCCAGUGUAAAAACAUGGUAAACUGUAUCCCACUCAGUUGAUAACGAAGAAAUGAUAUCAAUAUUUAUUUUCUAAGUUUUCUAUCUCAUUGUGCACUUAGCAUUUUGUUUAUUUCCAGCCAAAAGUGAUGGUCUCUGGUUAUAUUCAGUCUCAUGGCAUGUACCUCUAAAACCUUGCACUUGUACACAGUAAAAUUUUAUUAGGUUUCGCCCAAGGUUAGCGGCUAGUGUAACAUGAGGAAACAGUUUACAAAGGAUGUUACACUCUUAUCAUUUCCUUAAACAAAGUCUGAACCUCAUUGAAAUUCAUUCUUCGCUCAACAUCCUUUCAUCACAUUUUUAUGUACCUAUCAUGCCCUUUUCUUUCUUGUUUAGCGCUUUUUCUUUUGGUAAAGAGAUCCGUAUGAGCUUAGUCUAAAAAACAAGAAGGUAAAAGUUAGAUGGGUGUUAAUCAUGUUUGUUAUUUGAGACCCCCGUCUUUAUCACCUCUGCUAGAUGUGUAUCACCAGCCUCUUGAAUAUUAGCAUCCUUCUAUUGGAUCUUGAUGACUCUUGUAAAAAUAUUUGUGUUCUCUACGAAGAUUUUAAAAGAAAUGCCUUCAAUAGUUUUAUGGCGAUGGGUCUCUUGAAAACUUCUGGACUCUUACUGAAUUUAUCCACGCCACUGAGGUGUAAGUUACCUGCUAGGGGAAAAGGAUGUACUUUUCUCUUAUGCAAAAUUCCAUUAUAUGAGCCCUUGAAAUCAAUCAUGAACUCAUGAAAAAUGCUGGUAUAUGACGUUUAUUUUUCUUCUCUCAGAAAUAUGAGAAAUGAAAUGCACUUCCCCCCCUCCCAAUUAUUACUUUGUUGGGGCUUUCUCAUUUACUGUAUUUUAUCCAUUGUUGUAUCUGGCUUCAGCGAGUUUACUGGUACCUUUUCUUUGAAGGUCUCUCUGAGUUUGGGUUUCCCUGACCUUUUAAUGUUUUUUUCAAGGGAAAUGGUGUUGUCUUAGUGAAUACAGAUAAAGCAGGUAUAUUGUCUGUGACGAAUUUUCGCCUUCUCUUUGUGGUAAGUAAUACAUUUUCAGACUUUACUCAUAUGAGACUAUUGUACGUUUGUUCACUCAUUAUUCAUAAAAACGUUCGGAUCCCUAUGCAAUGCGCCAACCUAAAGACAUCCUCAAAUCGCUAUUUUUUAUGUAUAUUUUAUCUUUAUGAAAAUGGAGAAGAUAUUUUAUGAUUCUAUUUAUGAUAAAUACAUAAUUUUUUCGUUUAUUUAACCUUUUUAUAAUGAGUAAGAUAAUUGCAGUACCUGUUUAUCAUGUUCUAACCGUCUCUUACAUGUACUGAAGUGCUGAAAUUUCUCUCCCAGAGUGAAGUUCCGCGAAUGGUCAUUCCUCUUGGUACCAUACCUUUGGCAACGAUUGACAGGUUUAGUAAACAAGUAAGUUUACUUCUGUCCGUGUCUUUUUGGUAACUUUUUGAAAACUUUGUAUUUUUUGUGAAAGAGGUCAGAAUGGAGAAAUUGCUUGGAGCUAAAACUUUUGUAGAGAGUUUUGGAAGGAGAAUUUGAAGAGUCACAGUUUAUUAUUAAAAUGUAAAAUGUUCAAAAAGGCAUUUCAUUUCAGUGCGAAAAUUAUCUUGUUCAAAAAAGGGUUUCUAAUGUAUAUCCAUCAGAAAGACACCUUUUUAUGUAGACCAUUUUUUAGUGCUAAUGGUGAUGUUAUCUAGGUGACUAGCAGUUCUUCCUUCUUACGUUCUGUUUUUGUCAGCAGAAGAUGUAGAUCCUUGCUAAGGUCCUGAUGCUUUUUCCAAAGAUUGGGGAAUUUGUGAAAUUGACCAUGAAAAGCAUAAUUUUUUUUUCUCCAAGUGUACUAUGUCUUUUAUGUGAAAUAUAUUUGAAUUUUUUUAGAACUGGAUAUUUAUAUUUCACUUCAAUAUUCAGGCUCCUAAGAAUCCUUCAGCUCAACGUCAGUCUGAUCGGACUGUAUGCCGAUUUCUUCAGGUUAUUGGUAUGUCCUUGGGGUAUUAUGCUUGAGUUAAUUACAGAUCGAUAGUCAUGACAUUGUUGGGUUUUACACAUCUCAAUCUGGCAAUUAUGAUGACGGAUCUCUGUUAUUUUUUUAUGAUUUAAUGAUUGAAUUGACUUAUAUAUUUCUUAGCUUUAAUGGUUUUCUUUAUCUCUGAAUUGCAAUCGAUUUAUCUGUUACUAUUUACUUAGAGUGGAAAAAACAUAUGAUAUGAAUAAAAGUUUGUAAACGCUUCUUAUUUCUCUGUGAGAACGGAAGAGUGAACAAGCCUAGAAAUAGAUCAAAAAGGAGUUAGGGAAGAGAGAAAUCUAGUAGGAAAAGAAACCAAGAACAUGCAGUGCACUUGUGACUCGCUAACUGUCACUGUCUGUGGUGAUUUGGUUCCAUGAUAUUCCAGUUGUACCCUUGUCUUAUUCAAACAUUUUUUCUUCUAGUGUGAACCAAAUUCUACUUGAAAAUUCUGCUUAAGUAGCUAAAAUCAUUCCCAGAAAUAAAAAAUUUAAAGCCAUUGUUGAAAUUUUGUUUGGAGGAUAAUUGCUGAAGAUCCGCCCACAUUUACAGGAAUGGUCCACUAUUAUCCUCUCUAAGUUGAUUUGUGCCGAACCUGAAACAAGUCCCUUUUAAAUAGCUUGUCGUUUUUAGCAUUUCUCCCAUGUUAUUGUAACUCGUAAGGAUUUAUAUCUGCCGCAACAAUCUCGCAAGUGCUGUCCAAAUAAUUACAGUUCAAUCUGUCACCAUCUUAACAGCUCAAAACCUGGUUUAUGUUUAUAAUGGUGGUCAUCUUUUUGACAAAAAUCAACAAGAUCUCUCUAUUCUCCUCUCAGCUAAAAAAUGAAGAUUAAAGUUUGGUCCUAGUCAAUCUCAGUAAUCUGCUUUUCUUGAUGGCAAUUUUACCAAAGAGGAUCUCUGGUUAUUUCAGCUUCCAAGCCUGAUUGAUACGUACAUGUAUCUUACAGCUUUUGUCUCUUUCCAGUCAGUGAAUACUUGCAUUCUAUUUACCUAUGGAUUUUUAAUCUCAAACGAUGUCAUGACUGGUUUGGAUCUCCACUCACUGGCUAAGAUGAUUAGUCUAGAUAAAAUCGGUUCAGGGUAACUUUGUUGCAUUCGUUAAUAGAUCAUGUGCCCAUAAACUUAUUCUCUUCUUCCUACUUUUGUAGGCAAAGAUAUGAGAAUAAUUGUGUUUGGUUUUCGUCCCAGAACUAAGCAGGUAAUACAAAGAGCUGCUCCUAGCAAUCUUAUGCUUUUUUUACCAGAAUUAUUUAUUACAAUGGGUUAUUACUCUUCUUCGUUCACUAUUUUAUUUAGAUUCCAUAAUCUAAACCUUUUACAUUCCUUCAGUUAUUGCAUAAUGUGGUUUUUUAAAAAGAGUUGAACGUUUUAUCUUAUGGUACUGUGGACCUUUUGUUCUAUUACAGAGGCGUCUUGUCUUUGAUGCACUGUUGAGAUGUACUAGGCCUGCUCAACUCUGGGACCUUUAUGCAUUUACUUGUGGACCAUCGAAGUUCAAAAACACAGAACCCAGGAUGCGGUUACUGAAUGAGUAUUUUCGGAUUCUUGGAAAAGCUUCUGUACAUCCAUUGUCUCAUAUGGUUGAAGAUGGAUCGUUUUCCGUUUCUAAUAAAUGGUGGAGAAUCAGCGCUGUGAAUUCCAGCUAUACAAUGUGUUCAACUUAUCCAUUUGCUUUGAUUAUACCUAAAUGUAUCAGGUAUAUUUCUGGACAUUUCUCUACCAUAUAUUAAUAUCGAAACAUGAGAAAAUUCUAAUCAUUGCUUAUAAUACACAGAUACUAUAUUUCUUUUCGAGAAAAAAAUGCACAGCUAUGAACUUGGUGUCCCCUAAAGGAAACUUUAGCUAAUGGAUGUGGCAAUUUUGGCUUUUUUUUUUACAGUGAUGAUGAAAUACGACUAGCUUCUUCCUUUCGUGCAAGGUGUCGUUUACCUGUUAUAUCAUGGUGCCAUCCGGGUUCGUACUAGUCAUCAUCGUCGUUUUUGGCAUUUUUUCUAAAUCGUAUUCACAAAGGUGUCGUCUUCAAAAUUGAUCUUCAGGAACCGGCGCUGUUAUUGCCCGUUCUUCUCAACCGUUAGUUGGCCUUGUUGUGAAUACAAGGAGGUAUUUGACUUUUUCUGGUGAUAUUUUUUAAUGAGCAGGAAUUAUUUUGCAAUUUUCCUGUGUAACUUAUCAUUAUGAGAGUUAUGGUUCAUAUUCCUUUGUAAUUUUCUCCUUUGUUUUGGGAACUUCAAAACCUAAAUUAUUAUCUGGUAUCAUCUAUGCUGUAGUAAUGCAGAUGAAAAACUAGUUGCUGCUCUCUGCUCUGAGGUUUCUGAUGAGCUGAAACCUAGAAGGUAAGUUGACUUUUCUAUUCAAAAUCUAUUACGUCGAAACCAUGCGAAAGGCGUUUUUUUUGUUCUUUUCCCAUAUUGUUAACAUAUCAGAUAAAUGAACAUUUGACCUCUGUAUACUUUUUCUGGCUUUUGUUGUCGUUCCCUUUCCAUACGUGCUUAAUGCCUUAUUUUUCUUUAUUUUUUUCACAUAUUACAAUUUGUGUUACUAUGUUCUAAAAGCAUGCUUAUUCCUCCUAGGAAAUUUUAUAUCGCUGACGCAAGGCCUAGGAAAAAUGCACUAGCAAAUAGUGCAAUGGGAGGAGGCUCUGAGUCAUCCUCUAACUACUUUCAGUCAGAGGUGUGAUUGGUAGUCUUUCUGUAGAUAUUGCAUAUUAAUUAUGAGUUCACUUUUUACAAAAAAGAUAUUAUAGAUUUCUUGCUUAGCAGGUUGUUUUCUUCGGGAUUGACAAUAUUCAUGCCAUGAGAGAUAGUCUUUCCCGUCUAAGAGAUUAUUUGGAUACCCAUGGGACUACAUCAUCAGAUGGGAUGUCUUCCUUCCUGGUGAGUUCAAAUUAUUUUCGCUUAAAAAAUUUCAUUUCGUUUAUGAAAAGAAAACCGUUGUUUUCUGCUUAGUUCAUCGAUGGUUCUCAUUCCUUUUUGGUUGCGACUGGUAGAUUACAUUAACGUCCUUUAAACUGAAGAAAAUGGUUACAGUUAGGAUUGCUAGACAUGUAUAUUUCUCAUGAUUUGCAAAAGGAUAGAAAGAGGACUGUUACUUUGGGGAGGAGAAGAGUAUGACAUUAUGUUAAAAGGAUGUUUAUGAACAUACAGUUUUAACGUUUUUUUGUUCUAAAAUUCUUGUCAAAAAGCUUGUGACAUGGGUUCAAAACUCAUACUUGAAGUUCUUCCUGAUGUUAUUAGCACUCCAACGACUUCUUCAAUGCCAAAUAAUCCUCAACAAAAUGUAGAAACGCAUGAUAUUGCCAGGGUCAUGUAAUAACGUGGAAUCAAGGGCAAAAAAAUGCCACGAGGAGCUUGCUUGGCAAUGUAGUCCAACAAGUGCAUUUGCAGUACCCUUGGUCCCCAUAUCUGCCUAUUUCUACAUUACAGUGAGUCUCAUCUCCACCUGCCUUACCUGUCUGAGGUGCACCAAUUAUGCAGUGUAGUCCCUUGUACAGCUUUUGCACACAAUCACUCAUCACUCAUCAGAUCUGCACAGUUUUUCAAUUCAGUCUUGCACAAUAUAGGGCAGUGGGCAACUCAAAUGAUAUGCUCAGUCCAUCAUAACCCUUAUGGACCUUGAUCUGUGGGCCUGACCUACAAAUGCUGCAUUACUGCACUUCGUUGUAUGCGGUAUGUUGAUUAUUUCCAUCGAUUGAAGUUAUUAUCAGCAUCUGAUUCAGAAAUAUUAAUUUGAGAAGUUUAAUUUUUUACAUUUCGACUUAAGAGUGCAUAGGGUAUGCUUAAAGUGUAAGCAUACCUCAUGAAAUGAUGGCCCUUGAGGAUGAUCUAUACUAGGUAUCAGAGUUGACUGUUGAGCUGCAGAUAUUGUUUAAGUGUGGCAUGUGUAGUCCUAGUUCUCUGUGCAACUAGUUGGAAACUAGAGGAAAAUUGCUUCUUGCCAAGGACAUACAUGAGCUUGGAAGUGUUCCCUAAUGUUUUUUUCUGCACAUGAGCAUUAACUCCUUUUCUUUUAUAUAUUGAGUAUAUAUGAUAUUUAUCUGUUGAAUUUUAUUUUUUCUCUAUUUUGUUAGAGGAAUGGUGGAUGGACGUGGGGUGGUGGAAAUCUGAGUAGUAUGUCAGCUUCUGUUUCUAACUUGGAAGACAGUGGAUGGCUUAUUCAUGUUCAAAGUGUCCUAGCGGGCUCUGCCUGGAUUGCUGCACGUGUUGCACUUGAGUCGGCCUCUGUUCUUGUGCAUUGCAGGUUCCCUUCCUCCCUCCAAUCCCUGCAUGGUAAUUUUUAUUUGUGGUUACAUUUGCAUGGAAUAUAAAUAGAGUUUUACAGCCUAUUGAAUCUAUAACCGUUGGUUGUCUCUUAUAUGCUACCAUAUCUAUGCUUGAAAGCACAGUUCUAAAAUAUUCCAUUUCGUUAAAGAGGGAAAAAUUGUUACACGUUGAUUUUAGUUCAUUUAGCCCAUGUACAUGUUGUGGGAACUCCUACCACAACCAGCCCAGCAAUAAAUGGGAGCACUAGAAAAUCGAGUUGUGAAAUUUCUCUGAAAAUCAGUAACCUCUUUUCUAUCUGUCUUGGAUAGUGUAUUGGUUUUAUUAUAGCAGAUAUGUAAGGCUAUAUGUUUCCCAUGUUCUUGUGCUGCUUCAGAGCGGUUGUUAUGUCUGGCAUGUUUGUCCAUGUCGAUGCCUGAUGACUUUCCCUUUAAUCCAAAUGUCAAAAAUACUUGGAGGUUUGUGAAGCUGGUUGAUGAUUUAGAGUUGCCUUCAUCGUGUUUGAUGUUCUUUAACUGGUUUCAGAUUUCUGUGGAAUUGAUUUUUUCUUUUUUCCAUUUGGUAUGCUUCAGAAACGAUAUUUUAUUUCAUUUCUUACUUUUAUUUUAUAUUGGAGUUUGUGCAUAAUUCUUUCUAGCCUAGUGUACAUGGAUCAACAUAAGCCAUGUUAGAAUGAUACUUAUUGUGGAUAAAAAUAUUAUGGAUAUUGUCAUCUUACUCGAUAAACAUAAUUCUCAUGGAAUAUGGGUUAUUCUGUUCAUUUGAGGAGGAAUCAAACCGAGUAGCUGAUUUUCAGACUAAAUCAAGCUCCAGUAGGCUGAUUCUAUGGAAAUCAGCCAAUUUUUGGGCUCAUCUGACUCCAUCUUACGCAGAUUAGUCUGUUUCUGGCCACAGUACUUCCAUUCACGAUAUGAUACAGAGGUGUGAUGUAUUGGUGUAGUGCAGCGGAUGAAGAAAAAAGAAAGAGAGGAAAAUCAAAUAGAAUAAAGCAAGUUCAUGGCAGCGACAAACAAUGGCCAAGGGUUACUGCCGAUCACCAUUGGCAAAGGAUGUCUUGAUGUUUGGCUUGCCAUUAUUCCCUUUUGUUGUAAAGAGUCGUUUCUGUGACUUUUUUGGUCAUUCACUCCACCAUCGUGGAAACUUUGGUCUCUUAACCUGCGUGUUCAUUUGAUGGUGAUUCCCUUUGACACUAAUGUCCUCUUUGUUUAUGUAGUGAUGGAUGGGACAGGACAACUCAAUUGGUCUCACUUGCCAGCUUGUUGCUUGAUCCAUAUUAUCGAACUUUUAAGGGGUUUCAGGUAUGGGCAUGAUAUAUCUUUCUCUGCGUGUGGUAUUUAGUUAUUUUUCUCCCUUUUUAUUGCUGUGUAUUAGUCUACAUUAAGGUUUUUCUUUGAACCGAGAUUAUCUGGAACCAGGUUAACCUUUAUCAUUCCAUGGCACAAUAAAAAUGAUACAUAUGAAAGGCAUGUGAUGGUACUCCAUGAAAACUGUUAUAAAGAAUAAAAGGAGAGAUGAGCUAAUGGGGAUGGAUGAGAGAAAGGUUGGCCUUUUUCAUUCCAUGCAUUCACAAACAGUUCUUUUUAUAUUUAGAAAAUAGUUAUGGUUUAACACAAAACAAUAAAAAAAAAUUGGCAAAAAAAUUAUCUGGUAUCUUGUAUGAUGAAAAAAUGGUGAUCUUGUCUUACCAUUUCAUUUAUUUUCCUAUACAGUCAAAUGUCUUAGCUACUGUAAAAGUACUAUUGGAGUGUUUUAUGUACUUUUCUAUUAUCGUAUCAUUUUUUCCACUGCCUGCUGUAACUUUCGUUUUAAUCCUAUUUUAAAGUUCAUUGUUAUUUUUGUGUGGACAAUUAUUUCUAUGUUAGCAAAUAUUACUACUUGCCCACUAGUUCUAGUUAGGACUUUGGUCUUCUAUGAGGUUAUCCUUCCUCUCUAUCAUCUUUGCACUAGAAAAGAGAUUUUCUUUUGUUUUAGACCCAACCAUUAUUUGAGUUCAAGGUAAAGCCAGAUUUCCCGGGCUUGGCUUAACAGGAGGGUCUUAGUGUGCUUAGGGUUGGAAUAUUGUAUUAAAAAGAUGGAGAUUUUCCAAAGCUUCUCUAACAGGGCUGCAGAACAUAUUCCAAGUUCUAUUCUUUAUGGGACCUCAGAAAAGGUUUGGGACCUUGGCACUGCGAGGAUGGUCCCCGAUCCGUGCCUGAUAUUAUCGUCUUGGUAAAUCAAUUUUGUUGAAAAUAGAAUCAAGUUUGGUCCACUGAUAGAUCACAAUAGAGCUUUAUAGGACUAGUUGAAGGGAUUGGAGCUCAACAAGUGUUGAGCCUCAGUGUUGAUCUGCUUCCACCAUAAAUGUUUGGCUAAGUCUUUCUAAGAGAGUCUUCCACAUUCUCUAGCAACUCCAAUCCUCCAAUGUUGUACCUUAUCAAAUAUCGCACAAAUGUCCUCAUCAAAAUAGGGAUAGUAAGGUGAAUUGUUCACAAGUUUCUUUACAAAGACGAAAUUGAUAAAUAAUUUCGGGACAUGAAGUACAUUAGUAAUUAUUCAAAAGAGCUCAAGUUGGAGGUCUCCUAUACCAGCAAUUGUUAGAAGGGAAGCAUCAACAGUAGAUACUUUUUGGUCACUAGGACAAAGAUUGUAUUUAAUAAAAUGAUGAGAAGAAUUCGUCAUGCGACCUGUUGCUCUUGAGCCUACCAUCCAAUUAUUAGAAAUAUCUGUAGGAGUUCUAUCAGGCUGAAUCAAUGUGCCAGUAUUGACUUCAAUUUUUUCAAUUCAACUCGAAGUCGUUCUAUUUCAUCUAUAGUUGAACUGGAGAGGGAGGCUGGGUUUCAACGAUUCUGAUGGCAAGUUGGAAGUCUGAUUGGUAGGUAGUUUAACUGUCAAAUGUGCCUGACUUUCAUGUUUUUCAGUGAUGAUGUUUUGUGGCCUGCCAUAGAGUUUGAAACAUCUAUCUUUAGUGUGAUGAGAUUUUCUACAGUUUGUCUACCAUAGAUUACCCCAAAAAUUAGACUUUUGAUUGUUUCCUUGACCAGAUUGAGGCUGUUGAAUUGUAUCUGUGGCUUUCUUCAUAUUUUCUCCUUGUCCAGUCACAAAUGCAUCAUUUUCCUUAAUGGCUCCAGUCACAAAUGCAUCAUAUUAAUUUCGAUGGCUCUCUUCAUUCAGAACAAUUGAAAUAGUCUCAUCCAGAUCAGAUUUUCUCUAAUGGCUCAAAAUCUGUUGUUUGACAUAAUCAAAAAUAGAAUUAAGUCCUACAAGAAAUUUAAAGACUAUUCUUCGUUCUAUGAAAUUCCCUAGAAUAGUAAUAUCCCCAGGGUUUUCUGUGUCAAGAUUGAGAUAAUAGUCAAGUUCUUGCCAUAAACCUUUCAAUUCCCUAGCAUAUUCCAUCACUGAUUUCUUUCCUUGAAUUAUAGACAUGGAUUUUGUCUCUAGUUCGUACAUGUGAGCCUCAUUAUUCUUCUGUGAGAAUUUUGUAACGACAGUUUCUCAUAAAUCUUUGAGUGUAGUUAGAAAGAAAAAAUCACAAUUAAUUUGGGGAAUCAUAGUUCUCAGAUCUAAGUCUUGAUUAGUACAUCCUCGUUUCUCCAUCUACGAAAUUCACAGGAUGACGGAUCUAGUUUCACAUCUAACAAGUGAUGUAACAUCCCUCUCAUUGUCAGAACCUCUCGAAUAUAUUCUGACCAUUAGAUUAAAUUACAUCUAGUUAAUCUGAAUUCCGUAGAUGUUGUAGGGAGUUUUACCAGUAGUCAUGGAGCACCGGGACCAAGAAUAGAAUCCCUCAUGGAAGAAGGAUCUCCCACAUUUCACAUCACAAGGAAACGACCAGAUUUACUAGAUCUGGUAUUCCGUCAACAAUACUCGAUAUAGAGAAGAAAAAAAACGGUUCAAGAACUGUUACACUAGAAGAAUUGAUCACUGCAUAAGACGAAAAAGGAGCGAUCGCACCUGAAUUCGCUCUGAUACCAUGUUGAAGAUAGACCCCUAGAACGCUCUGAUUUAUAACAGACCCCCAGAACGUUCUAGACUAGACACAUAAUUUACAUAACGACCAGAUCCUAUAAUCUUCUAGACACAGUUAUUCUGUCAACAGAUUCAUAUAAAAUGAGGCAAAACCACGAAAGAACAAAAUUGACAGCUCCUCUUCUUGGUGUGGCACAAUCUUCAACAGCCAUACCAUCUUUGCCCGUUUGUUAGUCAGAGAUGGUGUAAACCUCCAAGUUCCCCUCUAAGCGCAUAUAUACUUUGUGAAGGUGAUGUUACCAAAUUUCAUUCGUCUGAAGACUAGACAAGAUUCAGGAUCAUUUUCAGGGUCUCUAUCAAACACUCGGUAAGAAACUAGGGGAGUCCCUCUAUACUGAAGACUAGAACGGGAUUGUUCGCUGGAGGUGGUUGAUUAAUUCGGGUGGUACAAGAAACCGAGCAUGAGCUUUAUCAAGUCGUUUCAAAUGUUGCCAAGUGCUUAGUCCCAUUCAUUCAAUGUAGCACCGUUAAAUUAUGUUUAAAAUGGGAUCAGAUGCCGCAGGGGUUGACAUGGAUUUUUCUUUGCACGCCUGCACAUGUGACUUGUAAAUUCAGAGUAUGAGGCUAUAUUUUUUAAAACUUCUGUGAGAAAUUUAGUAUUACGUUGUAUGCGGAUUUCACCUCACUGUCUUACAGGCACUUGUGGAGAAAGACUGGCUAGCAUUUGGUCAUCCAUUUUCAGAACGAACCGGGCUGCCAAAUUCACCUAGAAGUAGUGUCACACCUGAAAUGAGCAGGCAAUCUUCAAGUGGGAAUGUGGCCACAUCUCCAAUGCGGAUUUCUUCAGGAUCAGGUUCCACUUCGUCUAGUGUUUCUCAUUCACAGACAUCGAGCAAUGUAUCACCAAUAUUUUUGCAGGUAAUAUCAAUAAAAAAUGAUAUUUCAUUUCUUACAGUUUUUUAUUGUGUUCUGAAUCGAGAUAAAUCAGAGACUUGUUGACAGAAUUUUUUAGGCUCUGUAUGUUGAAAGACAACAUGACGUGGAUGAAGAAGUAGCUACAUUGUGCCUGAUAGUGCUGGCAACGAACUCUUUCUCCCAUGCGUUAAACACAUAAUUAGAAAAAAAUCAAAAAUCUUAUUAAAAAAGUCAAAAAGUCUCAGCUUCUUUGUGGAAUAGUUAAUUGUCAUUUGUUUUAAAAGAAAAGGCAACGUGAAUAAAAGAUAAACACCCCUAGCUGUUUGACAGAUUUUUCUCGUGACAGAUCCUGUUAUUAAUAUAUUGUGUAGCACAGUCUUACAUGGCAGUUUAAUUUAUACAAAUGUUAGCUUAAUGUCUACAUAUGUUUCAAUGUGGUACCCAAUAUUGACCGGUAAGCAAAUAGAGCAUCCAUUUUCAACAAGUCUUAUAAUGGAAGAAUCCGCUGGCCUGGUUCUCUUAGAAGCUGCCUCCUCUUGAACCUCUGUACUAAAAUCAGGUCUGCAUAAUGUAUUCGUGAGAUAAUUUAAUACUAAAUUGGCUAACUUAAUAGCCUGGUUUCUAUCAUUUUCAUGUCUUGGAUAUGCCAUGAGUUUCCAGCGUCUCUGAAGUGAGCAUCUGAUGGAGAAACUGUCUCUACCUUGUAGUGGGUUGAUUGUGUUUCACAGUUGCUAAGGAUGUAUCCUUGUGCUUUUGAGUUCUCGUCAGUAAGUAACCAUUCGUUAAAGAAUUUCUGAAACUGGAAACUUGAAAAUUAUGCUUCUGGUUUCUCUAAUAUGAACGUGUAUUUUUUUCUUUUUUUGAGACAGACUUUUCUGGUUGAUUUCCUGGAUUGCGUCCUGUCAUGCCGCUUUGGGAAUUUCCUAUGCAACAGGUAAUUUUCCCUGGGACUCCAACAUUUUCUGAAAAAACAGUAUGCAUUAUGCCUCCAGAACCUUGCAGUUUUCCCUACGCUAUAUUAUCUAACUGCAUGGUCUAUUAUCAAUUGCCUCUUUGUGUUCCCAAUGCCUAAUUUGGUUGUAUAUUCUGUACCUGCAGUGAGAAAGAAAGGCAUCAAUUCGGUGUUUUUGACGCGUGUGGGUGCAUGUGGAUGUAUUUGGCUGGCUUACGAGCUUCUGGGGAUGGUUUCCAUGAGCACUCUAAUCCUUUCUAUGACCCAGAUAAACAUGCGUGCCCUCUGUUACCACCGGCAGCAGCAUUGGCUCCAACACUAUGGCCCCAGUUUCACUUGCGGUGGUCAUGUCCUUCAGAAGCUCAUGCUGGGGAACUUGAAGCUCAAGUCCGUAUCUUGAAUAAAAGAUAUGCUGACAUCGGGAAGGUAUUUUCUGCUGCUGCGACUAACACUCUAACCCUCGUUUAUAUUUAUUACAUAAAGAGGGGGAUGAUCAUUUUUUUUAGAAAACAUAUGUUCCCUUAAGGGUUAGGGAAAAUCGAAACAUAUGCUCAUUUUUUAAGUUUUUGAAGCGCAAUUUUUUUUGAAUGCAUAUGCUCAUUUUUAUAAGUUUUUCUGACUUUGACAAUUUUUGCCUACAUCCAUGGAAUACUUUUUCUAUCUAUAAACCGCUAAGAUUUGGGCAGUCGUCAAUCCGAAUGAAAAUCAUCUUCAUCUGCACUCAGAUAUGCCCCGAUGAAGAAUCCUAAGAAAUAGCAUGAUCCGAGAGAUUCCUGGGGUUGGAUGAGGGAUGUUUGAUAUAUGAGUACUUUUAUCUUAAGUUUUUGAUUUUAUUUUUUUCAGGCAAGGAGCAGAGCAGAAGAGAAGGUUAGCGACCUGAGAAGUAGUGUUGAAUCGUUAACAGCAGAGCUGCAGAGGGAAAAACAACGCAGUAACUCAGCUAUGGUCAUGGCCAAAAGAGCCUGUAGGGAGAGCCUAGCCAUGAAACGUGCGGUACAAUCACUUGGCUGUAGAGUGCAGUUUUCAAACAGUGGGGGCACUGUUGAUGCUGAGAGCAUCCUGUCAGAAACGCGUCAUCUAUCUGGCAAGGCUUUCAUCACCAGAGACUCUUCUGAUAGCGAAGGGCAGCAGAGCGACAAGGCGGACUUCUCUGUUUCCAUUUCAGCUAUAGAGGAUGGUUUUCUUGGUGAUAACCCUUUGAGUGAGGUAUGUGAAAGUUUAUGCCCAUUUCGCACUAGGGACGGCUGCAAGUGGCCGGAUGCUGGCUGUGCACAGCUAGAUAGCCAAUUUGUGGGGCUGAAGGCCAACUUUGAUGCAUUUGAUCGUCUCUCAAUAUACGAUUGCUACUUUGGAUCGCAGUGA